ACAAAACAACGCACCCUACAGAACAAUAGAACAAUCGAACGAUUUUGCAUUCCUUCGGACGAGAACGACGCGCGAGCUCUAUGGCCAACGAAGAAGACGAUCUUGAUCUUCUCCUUUCUCUCCAAGAUAAAGUCGUUGAAACUCCUCCUGGAACUCCGCCUCAUGCCUCAGAUUUACUCUCCGACAAUGAAUCACCAAGACGAGCGGGUCAUGCGGAUAUGUCUAUCUUUAGAAGCGCUGUCAAAGAUUGCCUUGACUAUGCUCACAUACCAACUGAGAAAAGUGGAAAAACAAACCGGUCUAAGGCCUCUGACGACGUUACAAUCGAGAAGUUCUCUGGUUUGAGAGUGAGGAAUCAACUGGUAGGACCUGUAGAGCUUCACGAUCGUUUUUCUGACAUUCGCUUUGUUCGUUUGUCUACCAUAAAGAAUCUGUUGGUUGGGGACACCCUUUCAGGCUGUUGGGUAACUGUAGGAGUGUUGACUGAGAAAGGGAGCCCAAAGACAAGCUCUACAGGGAAAGCUUACUGCAUUUGGAAACUUAGUUGUUUGGAUGAAAACGCUGUUUCUGUUUUCUUAUUUGGUGAUGCAUAUAAAAGAAAUUGCAAGGAGCUGGCUGGAACAGUUUUUGCAGUGUUUAACUCUACAGUACGCAAGGAUGCAAUGGGCAUGGGGUUUUCUUUAAGUGUGUAUCAAUCAAGCCAGUUGUUAAAGAUGGGCACUUCAGAUGACUAUGGAGUAUGCAAGGGCAAGAAGAAGGAUGGGAUGGCUUGUACAACAGUAAUAAAUAGGCGACGUGGCAUAUACUGUAAAUAUCAUAAAUCAAAGGCAUCAGAAAAAUAUUCCACCACCAUACGAACUGAGCUCAAAGGAGGGAAUCUGAGGACUGCAUUCAGAGAUCAUCAUCUCAAGGCAGAAGGAGUUUACAUGGUAAAUCCGCUAGUCGGUAAAGUGAAUUCUAAACAUCGAGCGUCGCCAGCAAAACUGUUGUCUGUGGAAGGCCUGAAAAAGGCAUUGAGCAAUGCAGAUAAUGUGACCACCAAUGUACACUCACAAGGGAAAAGAUUCCUUGCCGAGAUCACAGGGAAAAUGACUGAUAAAAGUGGAAAUAAAGAACUUUCCAGACAAAGUCAGCAGAGGAUCAGUUCAGAGAAGACGUCAAUUUUGAAGUCAUCUGGAGUUGAAAAUCAACAAGAUCCAAAAAGAAAGAAAACGAGCCAUGCUCCGGCAGACAAAACCACAAAAGACAUGGGAAAGAUGGUGGAGUUGGAUUAUAUUAGUUCAGAUGAUGACAUCGACCUUACAUUCACCCUAUAAAUUAAAGUUUGAGAUUUGAUUCUUACAAGAGCUAAUUCCCAUCAAUUUUUUACGCUUAUACUUACAAUCCUGAUACAAGAUGGUGACAGUUGGCUGAUCUAAACGGAGGAUUCAAGCUCGACUGCUUAAGUAUAGCGACUAAUUAAUAAUCAUGGCUCACUGUGGUUUGGGAGGGACAAGCUAGAAUGGCCGACAACCAAUGUGGGAAGAAUGGUCAUCCGUGCACAUGAUUGGGGUAUGUGAUGUGCUACCUAUCUCUUUUUUUUAAUGUCUAUCCCCUUCCCAUGUUUUUCAUGCAGUGGUCCGAUUAGGAAGUCCAAUAUAACAGUUAGUUGAAAAACUGUUUUUCUAAAUGAAUUGAAAUGUACGAGAUAGUACGUGUUAAUUAUAGUUGAGUUAUAUUCAA